AUGGGCGCGGGGAGCUUCCGUGCGUGCUUCUUUCCGCACAGCGGAAUGGUGGCGGGGGACUGGGACCCCGAGGACAUGGCGGAGCGCUCGGAGCGCAUCCACCGCCUGCGGAACAGGCGGAUGAAGGGGGCAGGCGAAGGGGGAAUGGCGGAGGAAGGGGCGGAAGAUUCGCAAGGGGAACUGGGUAGUGGGGAAGCUGGGGGAGCUCCGGAAAUUGUCGCGGAAGCGGGGAGGCUUGGGGAUUUCAGGAGUGGAGAGAAGGGGGGAGGGCGUGACGGAAGGAGAGCGAGAGGAGGUACGGGGAAGGGAUGGAGAGAGGGAGAAGGAAGGGGAGGGCACAGGGAGGGGAUGGGGUGCGAGAGGAGGAGGAGCAGGAGCGGCAGUGGGAGUGUGCGAAGCAGUCUGUGUAGCAUAGAGGAGGACGAGGGGGUUACAGGUGAUGGUAGCACAGCUCUUUCCACUCAUUCUCGAGACGUCUUUUCCAGCCACCCUGCUGCCAGUAGCGCAUCUGACACUAACGAGUUUCCAGUGGCGAAUGAUACGCCACUCAUGAACCUGGGAGGAAUGUCGGGUGAUAAGGAAGGACAGGAAGGCACCCAAGGGCAGGUAGGUUCGGAAGGGACGGAAGGGGCGGAAGGGCAGGUGCCACCUGGGGCAGGGCGUAUUGCUGAAGGGCGGUUCCCGGACAUGCCGCCAGCAGGGCACGUGCGGGGCCGAGGAGGGAGCGAGGGAGCUGAGCUGGGUGGCUUUUCACCUGGCAGAUCACCUGGCAGAUCACCUGGCAGAUCACCUGGCAUGUCGCCUGCGUUUUCACCUGGGCACCCGGCUUCGCCAACUCCUGCGUUUUCACCUGGGCACUCACCCUCCCGUACCCCUGCUAGAUCGCCCCUCCGGCCUCCUCGCCCGUCUCGGUCAUCAUCCCUGUCAGAAGGGAGACUGGAGGUGAAGCCAGAUGGUCGCACAGGUAGCCCUGCUGCUGCUGUUGCUGCUUCCUCACCCCCCCAGGCAUCCCCCCCAGCUUCCCAUGCCCAACCGAAGGCGUUCCCAACCUCAGCAUCAGCAUCGGCAUCGCAAUCAGCAUUGGCAUCGCAAUCAGCAUCGGCAUCGCAAUCAGCAUCGGCAUCGCAAUCAGCAUCGGCAUCGCAGUCAGCAUCGGCAUCGCAGUCAGCAUCGGCAUCGCUGUCACCAUCCAUGUCCCCAUCGCGCCUGCUUGCAGCUAUGCCGUCGCACCCCUCGCCAAACAUUCCCGUGUCCAAGUCUGGAUUUGAUCUUCCCCCUGCCGCGCACUCGUGGGCACCCGCCACCACCUCACACGCCUCCCCUCCUUCCUCUCGCUUCCAGCCUGGUCCUUCCCUUACACAGAAAGAGCAGCAGCAGCAGCAGCAUCACCAUUCCAAGUCACUUUUAGACGGGGCAAGCACCGCCCUAGAUGCCAUGGUGACUGUAAGGAGGGUUCCCAGAGUCCCAGGAGGCAAAGGGGGUUGGAGGGAAGCUGCUUCUGCAGGAGGAGACGAUUUCGGGCUCGGAGCCUCAGGAGGUUCGGCAGGGUCAGGCUCGGGUCUCCGAUGCUCGGUUCUCCACUCGCGGUCGUUCCGAGGAGGUUCGGCCGGAGCUGCGAUGGCUGCAGCUGCUGCAGUGGCAGCAGCAGCUGUAGCAGGUGGGGGUGGGGCAACGGGUGCUAACAGCCCGUUGCUGCAGGCUAAGAGAAGACAGGCAGGAUCAAGUUCUAUGAGGGGGAAGAGCUUAGCAGCACUGGAUUUUGAAAGGAUACUGGCCAGUGGGGGAGGUGAGAGGAGAGGGGGCGGUGAUGGUGGUGGUGGCGCUAUUGGUGGUGGCUUGGGUGGUGGUAUGGGAAGAGGAGUGGAUGGAGAGGGGGAGGAUUCGGAGUGGGAAGGGAGAUUGGAGCUCGAGGAGUGGGAGAGGGCGAGUGGGAUUGGAGUGAGGGGGAUUGGAAAGAGGGUCAGUGGAGUGAGGGAGGCGGGAGUGAGGGAGGAUAAGGCAGGAGGUGAAGGGCUUGGGGAGGAGGAGGUUCGAAGACCACCAGGGGACGCACUGUUGCUUCCAGCAGAGGCUGGCCAGUCAGCAUUCGAGGGGGCAAUUUUUGAGUUGACCCAAAAGGUUGGGGAGGAGGAGGUUCGAAGAUCACCAGGGGAAGCAGUGCUGCUUUCAGCGGAGGCUGGCCAAUCAGCGUAUGACAGGGGGGAGAGAGGAGUCUGCAAGGGGGAGGGGAGAGUUCGCAAGGGGGAGGGGGGAGUUUGCAAGGGGGAGUGGGGAGUUUGCAAGGGGGGGAGGGGGAGUUUGCAAGGGGGAGUGGGGAGUUCGCAAGGGGGAGGGGGGAGUUUGCAAGAGGAAGAGGGGAGUUUGGCAGUGCAGGCGUGUGGAAGCAGAGAGGAGAUUUCUUAUGGGGCGCCUCAAAAGUCGUCUGCUGCGUGUGAGGGGAGUGAGAGUGGAGGCAGAGAGGGAGGAGGCGAAGUGCAAGGCGUGGUGGAGGAGGAAGAGGAUGAAAAGAGUAGGGAGAGAAGGGAGAGGAGGGAGAGGAGGGAGAGGAGGGAGAGGAGGGAGAAGGAGAAGGAGAGGAAAGAAAGAAGAGAGAAGGACGGAGAGAAGAGGGUGGAAAAAGAAGCAGGGACUGCAGGGAUUGGAGGGGAAGAGGGAGGAGCAGGCCAGGUAGUGGGGGGAGUGAGGGAGGGAGAGGGGGGAGUGGGGGAGGGAGAGGGGAGAUUGGUGGGAGGGGAAACGGAGAGGGACGGGGACAGGAAGGAUAGGGAUGAGGUGGAGGGCGGUGGAGAGGCAGAAUCAUCGGAAGGUGUGAUAGAGUGGACCAAGCUAGGAGUCGUGAAAGGGAGGGAGAAGAAGAGGGAGAAAGAGAGAGAGCAGGAGAGGGGGACAAGGAGAGAGAAAGAGAGAGAGAAAGGGAGAGAGAAAACAAGAGUGGGGGAGGCAGAGGAGGGGAGUGUAGCAGAGGGAGAGGGAGUAGCAGAGGCAGCCACCACUGAAGCUGGGCUGUCUGGAAAACUCACAGAGGGAGCAACUCCUGCUGCUGCUGUUAUGCCUGGUUUGCCUCGAGAUUUCACCAUGGCAGAUUUGGGCGCUUCUCCUGAGACGUCUCAACGGGGUGCUGCUGCUGUCAUGCCCGGUUUGCCUCGAGAUUUCACCUUGGUGGACCUGGGCAAGCCUUUUGAGUCGGCUGAAAAGGGUGCUGCUGCUGCUGUUUCUGUACCGGCUUUACCUCGGGAUUUCACCAUGGCAGAUUUGGGGAAGGCGGGGCCAGGAGUGGGGUUAACAGGGUCAACUGGGUCAACUGGGUCAGUGGGUUUUUCAGAGCUAGCAAUUCCAGCAAAUUUAUCAGGACCCCUUACUGUUCCAGGCGAGGAACUGAGAGGAGUCAUGUCCCAAGGGAGGCCAGAGGCGGAAGAAGAAGUGGACGCUCAGGAGAGGAUGGUUUCAGAGCUCGUGUUCAAAGGCAAGAAGAUUCGAGUGAGAAGCGAGCAGGAGCAAUGCGAUGCUCACAGUGGCCGGGAGGUGCUAGCCGAGCAGCGCGAGCAGGGCGAGCAGACCUGUGAGGCGCCUCAAAAGCAGGCAGAGCAGGGCAGACAGGAUGAUGAGCAGGGCGAGGGCGACCCUAUGACAGGCGGUCUCCAAGCCCCUCAACACGAUCCCCACCUGCCUCCUCUCAACACGGUGCAGCCCACCGCUCGCCCCACCAGUUCUGGGUUCCAGUUCCGCCCUCUACUCCUCUCAGCCCCCUCCGAUUCCCCAGGCCCCUCAGGCCCCCCGGGUUUCGCAGGCUUCUCAGGCUCGUCCCAGCGCUCUGCUCCCCCCACACCCUUUGGCUUCACCGGCACCAGCAGCAGCAGCGGCGGCGGCGGUGGCGGUGGUGGGGGUGGUGUGAGUGGUGUGAGAGAUGGGCAGCACUGGGAUCAUCAUGGGCCUUCAGGUGCUGCUGCUGCUGCUGGGGGUGGGUUUCUAGCAGGGGGUGCAGCAGGGAGCAGCAGUAAGUGGCAGUGUGGUCAGGAGUUUGGGCCGAUAGGGGCGGCUAGAGUGAGGGCUCAGAGGUGUAGGGAGCACUGGACUCUGCUCUUCAUGGAUCUGCUCGAUCUCAUGCUCAAACGGACGGCUGGAGAUGAGUCUGUGGACGAUGAGGGUGAUCUGAUGGUGAAUCGGACGGCUGGGGAUGGGUGUGUGGGUGGGGAGGGGGGUGGUGGUGGUGUAGGGUGGGGGCAUGAGGGGAAGCGAUGGGAGGGGGGUCAGGAUGAGUGGGUGACCGAGGAUGCUUGUAAGGGGUAUAAGAGGUGUGACGAAGGGGAGGAGGGUAGAGAGGAGGUGUAUAGGGAAGGGGUGGGGGCGGGGUCUGGGAGACAGGAGGAGACGUGUGGGGGGGAUGAGGUGGGGAGCGGCGUAGUGUUAAGUGGGAGGGAAGCUGGGAACGGGAACGGGGGGAAGAGUGGCGGUGGGUUGGCUGGGCCUGUUUCCAGGCCUCAACGGUGGCUCAGCAUGGAAGCUGGUGCAGUUGCUGCUGCAGGUGCCUAUGGCAGUGGUAGUAGGGGCAGAGGAGCGGGGGAGCGUGAGGGGGACGAGGAGGAGGAGGAGCAGGAGGGGGCGUAUGGGAAGUCGCUGACAACAGCAGCAGUGGAAGGGGGCAGCGGCCGCAUGGCCUAUGCAGGCGACGGGAGGGGGCGAGGGGCGGGCAGAGGCAGAGGCGGGGAGGAAGGGGCGGGGAGAGGGGCAGAGGGGCGGCCUGUGCUGGCAGCACCUGCAGCAGCGGCGGCGGUGCGUGUGUUUGUGUGGGAUCCAGAGGGCAGCAUUCAGGAGCAGCUGGUUAGCAUGGCUCUCUGCUCUGACCUGCGCGCUGCUGUCCCUGCUCUCCCUGCUGCUGCUCCCGCUGCUACUGCUGCCAGUGCUGGUGCUGAGGGUGCUGAUGGGGGUGGGGGUAGCGUCGAUAUCGCCCAAGGGUCUGCUGACGCACCAACAGCAGGAGCAGCGAAUCUCCCGCAGCUGCACCCCCAACACCACCAGCAGAGCGGGGAUACACAGACCACUCGAGCUUCGGCGGCGCCACCUCCGGCAGAGGCUCGGAGAGUCUGGGAACCCAUGUCCCUAGCAGCUAUGGCAGAGGUAGCACUAGCAGAAGGGCUUGCAGCUGCCACCCACUCGAGCCUGGAGGAACGGUGUGAGGAGCAGGAUCGGCUGUACCUACAGCUCAGCCUCGGCCCGGGCCUGCUGGGGAUGACCCUGGCGGCGACGAUGAGGGAACUUGAGCAUAUACACCCGGACGACAGCAUGGCAAUUGCGAGUCUAGCCCAGGAAUUAGGGUUAGACGAGGCGGCGUUUCAUGCCGCACUGAGGGCCGUUUCCAGUGGGAGGCUCAAGGCUGCUGGGUUCGAUCGGGUGAUUGGAAUGGUAUUUACAGGUAGAGGGGUUGAGUCGGUUACAAUGCGGUUUGCUAGGCUGGCUGCUGCGGUGAAAACGGCCCAGUUCUGGGGGUCUGGGGUAGGGCCUGGGGCGGUAGAGGGGGCCCAUCUCUCUCCCCUCUCCUCUCCUAAUACAGGAGGGAGGAGUGCUGGGGGAGCAGCGCAAGGGGGGAGGAGCGCAGGAGCAAGCAGUAGUAGAGGUGGGGGGACAGGCUCAGACGCUGCCGUCAAGGCGGAUCCAGAUAUUACCUCCCCUAGAGCAGCAGCAGCAGCAGCAGCAGCAGCAGCAGCAGCAGCAGCCAAAGCUGCCGGCUCUGAUCCUCUCUCCCCCUCUUCCACUUCCUCUCCUGCUCUCUCUGGUUCAACAGUUCCCUCAGCCUCCCCCUCCCCGUCUCUCUCCGCGGCUGCUCCUGGUUGGGCUGCUGCUGCCUUUGCAGUUGCCUCUAGUUGGGGCUCUGCGCUUGCCUCCCAGGCUAGUUCCGGAGCUGCAGCUGCGGCAGCAGGUUCUGGGAAAGGCUCGGCGGCAGGCUCGGUGGGUGGGUUGUGGGCGGCUGGCAGAGCAAGCGCUCCAGUGGUUGAUGCUGGACCAGGCGGUGCGUCAGGUGGUUCUUCAGGUGGUGCCUCAGGUGCCGGCAACAAUUCUGAUGCCACUGGUCCCAGCGCUGGUGGUAGUGGUGUCGAACUGGUAGCAAGGGAGGGGAGGAGACGGGGAGGGAGCGAAGGCGAGGUGGGAGCAUGGCUGAGUGAAGGGGCAGCAGAGGAGGGGCGGGAGGACGGGGAGGCGUUAUCUGGUGCGGGUAGAUCCAAGCCAGGGCACGCCCGGGGCAAGAGUGACAUUCCUACGCUGUGGCUGGGGGGAGGGAGCGGCACCAGCGGAAGUGGCACCCUUUCUUCCCCUUCUGCUGCUGCUGCUGCUGCAGCAGGGGGAGGAGGAGGGGCGAGAGGCUGGGCUGGAAGCUUCUUCUCCAGCACCCCCCACGGAAGCCCGAGAGGUGCUGGCAGUGCUGGUGGUGCUGGUGCUGGCGCAGCAGGGAAUUGGGGGGGAGCUGCUGGGAUGGGCCCAGGCGGGGGUCUAGGAGGGGGGAUGGGAGGCGGAGUGGGUAAGACUGGCACUGGCACCGGCAUGGGCACAGGCCUGGGCAGUGGCACGGGUACGGGCAGCAAGCCGUCGAGUGCGGUGUUCCUGACUCCGCGCACCUCCCAGCAGAACUCGUACGUGGCGGAGUUUGUGGAUGCGAUGCUGCGCAGCGAAGUGAUGCGCCGGCAGCACGCGUGGGCGUACGAGCUGCUGCUCAACUUCCUCAGGAUCAACAGCCGAGGGGCGCCCAUGGAGGAAAGAGAGCUCAACCUCUGCGCGCAGGUGCGUGGGCAAGUGGGUGGGUUGUGGUGUGGUGUGGUGUGGGAGAUGGAGGAGCGGGCAGUCUCUAAGAUGGAGGGAAUGGACGAUCCAGGCGUGCAGUGCAGGUGCGGUGGUGGCCCAUGUGGGUGCGCGUGGGGCGCCUGGCCAAGCGACAGUACGACCUGCCCAGCCGCGCCUGCUAGUUGUGCUGGCGGUGGUGGUGAUAGUGGUGGUGGUGUGGCACAGACGCGCCUUUCACUCUCUCACCUGCUCCCAUGUCUCUCCCUGUUCUCGCCCGCUGUCCUGUUCCCCUGCUUGUGCGUGCCUGGUCUGCAGGUGCUACUCACCAAGUGGCUGGGCGAGGGCGAGGUGGGGGAGAUGGAGGAGAGGGCAGUUCACAAGAUUGAGGGAAUGGACGACCCGGGCGUGCAGGUGGGGUGGCCCAUGUGGGUGCGAGUGGGGCGCCUCGUGGAGCGCCAGUACGACCUGCCGCGCCUGCUGCACGCCAUGCAGAGCCUCUCCAUCUGGUUCAACUAUGACAUGGGUGGGUGGCGCCAUGGAGAGCCUCUCCAUCUGGUUAGCUACGAUGUGAGGCUGCUUGUAUGGGGGAUGGGUGGAUGCAAAGCGGUUAGUUCGCCCAUGUCGCCCGUUUUCCUGGGACAUCUGGUUCAACCGCCCACCUUCCUUCUUGGAUCAUUUCCCCCCGGUCCCUCCCCACUCACCCACCUGCCCCCCAACAACUCUCGCCUCUCCUUCCCCACCUCACCCGAACCCCACCCAUCCCCCCAUUUUGCUCUCCCCUUACACUCCCUUGCUUCUUCUCCCUCUUCUUGCAUUCUCUUCCCCGAUGGCACGUGCAGCAGUGUCACUGAACUGGAGGAGGACGGCACGUGCAGCAGCACCACCGUCUCAACUGUCUUUGACUGGGGCCUGGCCGGCCUGCUACAGGAUCUGCCGCCCAGAGACGACGCCGCCCAGUCGCUGCUGGACAUACUUGACCCAGAAGAUGACGAAUGGAUCGACGUCUCGCUCGCUGUUGCCGCCCGGAUGGCGCUGCCGACCGGCAACUGGUGGCCGGUGCAGGGCGGCGGAGGGGUGGCGGGGUUCGUCGCCAAGCUGCUGUCACUGAUAGAAGAGUUCAGCAGAGCAGGGCUUGUGAAGGUGGCGCUGCGGCUGUGGAGCUGGGCCAUGCCCAAGCGGGGAGCAGCUGCAGGAGCAGUGCGAGACGGAGGAGGAGCUGAUGGAGGUGUGGCAGCGGUCUGCCUCGGCCAUCUGGCGAUCCGUGGCCGUGCGGAGGUAUGCUGCUGGUGCUGGCAGCCGGGUAAAGCCGUUGCUAUUGCUGGCGCUUUGGGGAAGGAGCGGCGCUAG